AUGGCUGAGAACAUGUCGGCACCUAACCAAGAACAAGAAAUCAAUCCUUGGUCCGUUGAGGGUGCCCGGGAUGAGAACGGCGAAAUUGCCUCGAUUGACUACGAGGCCAUUUCUCCCGGGAAAUGGAACACGCCCAUUAUAGAUCAGAAACUGCUCGAGCGCUUCGAGAAAGUUACUGGACACAAGCCACACCGCUGGCUCCGGCGCGGCCUGUUCUUCAGCCACCGUGACUUCGACCGGAUAUUGAACCUAUAUGAACGUGGCGAGCCCUUCUUCCUCUACACUGGCCAUGGUCCAAGUACAGGUAGUCUGCAUCUGGGUCAUACAAUUCCUCUGCAGUUCACAAAAUGGCUCCAAGAUAUCUUUGACGUCACAUUAGUUUUCAUGCUCACAGAGGAUGCCCUGGGGAAUGCCCGAGAUGUCAUUGCCAUCGACAUCGACAUGAAGAAGGCCUUCAUCUACAGUGACCUAAAGUAUUUCGGUAACCAUUUCCUGAUGAAUGCCUGGGAGUUCUCCAAACUCGUGACGUUCAAUCAAGUCCGUGCAACGCAAAUCGGCACUAAUACCGGGCGAGUUUUCUUCCCCUCUGUGCAACGCGUAGCCGCCUUCGCGACGUCCUACCCGGAAAUCUGGUCUGACUACCCACAGCCUACUCGUAUCGACCAAGACCCUUAUUUCCGGUUACUCUGGGAUAAUGCCUAUAAGGUGCGUUUCCCGUCGCCUAAACCGGCGCUCAUCCACUCCAAAUUCCUCACUGCUCUACAGGGUCCCGGUGGUAAGAUGUCGUCGUCUAACCCUAAUUCCGCCAUCUUCAUUGGUGGUCAGGUUAGCGUCGUGGAUCAUCGGAGUCUUGGAGGGAAUCCGGAUGUGGAUGUUUCGUAUAUCUAUCUGACAGUGGCUCUCUUGACGGGCGAGCUGAAGAAUAUGGCAAUUGAUGCUCUACAGGAGUAUGUGCAACAGUUUCAAGAGGAGAAGCUAGCUACCGAUGAAAUCCUAGAGGAGUACAUGCGGCCCAGGAAAUUGUUGUGGGAGGGAAACCCGAACCCCGUUGCUAAGCCUAGUGGUUUCUGA